AUGGGAAAUCAACAAACAAAGAGACGACGAAGAGCUUAUCGACGUCCUCCAAUUCCUCAGGAAGAUCUUUGGCUUGCAUAUCAUACAUUUCGUUUACGAAAUCAUUUAUAUACGCUACUUCAACGUCGUGGAGGAGGAAAAUUUGGUUCAAUUUGGUCAUGUGCAGAUGGAACAGGAAACUAUGCUGCUGUAAAAGUUUUUCAUUUAAAUCGUUUACAUCAACCGCGAUUAACAACAACGGAAAUUAUAAAAUCAUUUCAAACAGAAAUCGAUUUAAUUUGUCGUAUUCGUGAAACAAAUGAUUCUGUUAUCAAUAUUCUCGGUUUUGAUUACGAUGCACAUCGAAAUAUUGCUUUAAUUGCCAUGGAAUUAGGUGAUCAAUCAUUAACUGAAUAUGUUCGAACACUUCAUGAAUCAAAUUCUAAAUUGAUCGAUAAUUUCAUUCCACCGAAGAAUAGAAAGGAAAUUUGGAUUCAACUAGUUGACAUUUGUCAAAUUCUUUAUCAUUAUAAUAUUAUUCAUCGAGAUUUAAAACCCGAUAGUUUUGUUUAUAUUGGAAAUAAAUUAAAAUUAACCGAUUUGGGAAUCGCAACAAACGAUCUUUCUAUAUUAACAUCUGGAAAUACAGGUCGACGACGUAUUAUCGUUGGAACACGUUUUUAUAGUGGUCCAGAAUGCAUUACAGGUCAGUAUUUAGUUACUUUGAAAACAGAUAUUUGGUCAUUAGGAGCAAUUCUUUAUUAUUUAACAUACGGUAUGCCACCUAUUUAUGAAAAUCAUCAACCUCCAUCAGGUCGUUCACAAACAUCUUCACUUUUAAUUAAAAAUAUUCUUGAAUCAUGUUUAAUCAAAAAUCCUAAUAAUCGUCCAUCAUUACAAUGGAUUCAGAAACAUCCAUUUACAAAUACAAAUGCUCUUGCAUAA